GAACGGACGCGACGUGACUUCGGCUCGUGACCCGGUUAUACCCCACACCAACACCUUCAAAGCUUCAACUGCUCAAAAUAUCACUCAGAGCUCGGAACUAUCGUUUGGACAAAAUCAAACAUGAACGCUUCCUUACUCAAUCCAUUUACCGUUACGCACCCGACUGCUGUACAAACCUCCCUGGUUUCUGGUGCAUCGUUUGCUCGGUUUGAUUCAACUGGAAAAUUCGUCGCGGCAGGCCGGUCGGAUGGCUCAGCUGCUAUUUGGGAUCUCGACACCCGUGCUGCUAUACGGUGGUGUGAAGGUCACGUCAAGGCUGUAACAAGCGUCGACUGGUCGCGGAAUUCACGCUAUGUCCUGACGUCGUCCAAAGACUGGAACGUAAUUAUAUGGGAUCUAGCUUCUCCAGUGGAUCCUCCACAACGUCACAAUACGAUACGAUUUGAUGCACCAGUCGUCAGCGCAUAUUUUCAUCCAAGAAACAGUCGCGUAGUGCUUGCACUACUCAGCACGGGUGAGGCAUACAUGGUUGACUCGCGCAAGGAGCACAGAGCGAGAGUGGAGUUGUGCGAAGCCUUAAGCGAAGAUGAUGACGACGAACGGGCACGUUCCAUCAUGACUACCGCGCGAUUUGAUCCGUCUGGCAGGCACGUAUUUGUCGGUACUUCCACCGGGAACGUACUUGUAUUCAAUAGCAGAACGAAAACUAUGGUCGCACGGCAUCGCAUAGCAGGUGCAGGUAGCAUGAAGAGUCUGGAGUUCGCGAAGGUUGGGCGACGCUUUGCUACUAAUUCCUCGGAUCGCACCAUUAGGCAAUUCAUCCUUCCCACUUAUCCUUCACCCAUCGUGGGUGUCGAAUGCGCGAUUUUAGAAACAGAGCUGGAGCCUACUCAUAGAUUCAACGAUCCCAUCAGCAAGGUCUCGUGGCACGCUAUGUCUUAUAGUCCUGACGGGGAAUGGCUCGCUGGAGGUGCGGCAGAUCCAGCGACGCACAAAAUCUACAUUUGGGAUAUUUCAAAUGACGGUCAAUUUGCGACCGCUUUGGACGGCGGUAGAGAACCUCUUAUUGAUAUCCAUUGGCAUCCACAAGCCUCUCGGCUUGCCUCAACAACUAAUCAAGGUUCUGUACUCAUUUGGCAUUGUCCCUCUCCAGAGCGGUGGGGUGCCUUUGCCGGCGGCUUCGAAGAAGCAGAUGAGAAUGUGAUGUAUGAGGAGGGAGAAACUGAAUUUGAUAUUGAGAAUGAAGUUGAACUCGCAAUGCGGAAAAAGCUCCAGGAAGAUGAACAUGUUGACAUAUUAGGUGGCGUUGAUGACGUUGUUGAUCACAAGAUGAAUGGGGUUGCAGGAGAUCCUGGUGAUGAAGACCUCGAAUGGGCUGAUGACGAGCCGGAUGAUGAUUGGCAGGGGUGGAGAUUAAAGGUGAUUAUGGUUGAUGAUGACGAUGCUUACUAGGGUUAUCGAUUUGUUUUGCUUAUUAUUGUUAGGACCAUCAGCUUUCUACGGCUCCUGUCUGAGUAGGCAGCUUGUUAAGGUUUGAAUUUCUUCGGUUAAUAACGCCGAUGUUGUUUCCUGUAGCGUGAUAUGG